CAGUCAUUUCCGAUAAGUGGGCAGAGGGGAUUUAUAAAUGGCCAGUUCGCCGCAAAAGCUUGCUAUAUAUUCUUCUUAAAUUACCAGGAACCCGCUCCUCAUAUUCCGAGUCAUACCGUGGUGUGCUUUAAGGUCUUGCGUACUCGGCAGUGUGUUGGAAUGACACUCUUAAUCAAUGUUGCGUUUGUGGCUGUCUACUGUGUGCUGUGUGGCGACGCGGGUCCUUCGGCAGUCAGAUUGCAGGGUCCAGGGGGAGAGAGGUCCAGAGGUUGUGUCCAAGGAGCUGAGGUCAUGGGAGGAGCAUUCUCAGAUCUCCCCCCUUGUCCACCCUGGGUAGAUGACAAAGAAAGGUGCCGCAUCGGGGAUACCAUUCUCAGUCGCAGUCAGUGCCUAGAUAUCAUGACGGAAAAAGAAUACCUGGCUCUAUCCCGAAGUCAACCAGAGACAAUGUCCCUCCCUCCGUCCCCGCCCCGCCCCUUAAACAUCAUGGUUAGCCCCCCUGGCUGGUCCGGUGGAGGAAGUCCACCUGGGGGGUGGGCCCAGAGCCACCCUCCUAGCCCCCCGGGGUCUCAUUUUGGACCCCCAGGGAUCAGCUCUGACAAUAUGAUGAAGGACACUGACGUUCUCCCACCAGGACACAAGAACAGCCGCUGGUACAGCCGGAGACACAGCUCCCCGUUGGGCUCUAUGCCCGGGUCUGUCCCGUCCCCCCCGGGGGUCCAUGUGCCGAGCCAGAUGAUAAGAGCUUUCCAAAGGAGGAACUGGAGGAGGAGAGCCCCAAAGACCUGGACUAGGAGAAGAUCCGGGAACAGGAGAAGUCGCAAACAAAAUCGGGAACAGAGGAGCAGUUCUUUGAGGAGGCGGAGCAGGAGGAACAGGAAGUACGGAGGGCUGUCAGCGCCACCAGGAGUACAUCAACUCUAAAAUCAAGACAAAUACAACAAACUUGUACUUUUCAUCCAUUCAUACCCUGACUGAUUCCACGUCAUGCCUCAUAAGGUUCGUGGUCUUUUGAGAGGCAAUAUGUGAAAUUUUUAUGGUGUAUAUUUAAGAAAGUACUGCAAUUCUUACUGGGCCUUCACUAAUGGCAUCCCUGCCUGUGGACGGACAGGCAAUCGACAAGAACCAACAUUGCGCCUUGUGAUGGUAAAUGGGAAUGUAUGGAAGAAACGCAGCGCCACUAGUGUCCUACGACGUAGAGUACAACUGUUUGUGACAUAUGCGACUGUAUAUAUUACUAGUGAUUAGCGAGUUAUGGCCUGAGGUAGUUUUGAUAUAACAGCAAACCAAGCUAAUCACCAUCUGUACCGUAUCACAUCUCUACUUUAUACGUUGUUCACAUUCUACAUCAUGUCCUGUUAUACCUUUCUUGGAACACAUAGUGUUGUAACACUUAUAUGAAUUGAAGACUGGUGUUUUAAUAAAAUUACUUGUACAUAUUA